CGAAGGCCCCGCCCCCUCAGCUCAACCGACCGUGCAGAAGCAACUUAUGCGUGGGAACAAAACUUCUUACAUUUCGCUGAAUGUAGAUUAAUGUGACAUAACGUAUUAUAAAACACAUCACGUUUUCACUUAAAGCAUAUUAAUGCGCACACAAUGACGCGAGAGGAGGACCUGUUGCGGAUUGCUAAAAAACUAGACAAGAUGGUGUCUAGAAAUAACAUGGAUGGAGCUCUAGAUCUUCUAAGAGAAUUGAAAGAUUUCAACAUGACACUGAAGCUUCUUCAGGAUACAAGAAUCGGCAUGUCUGUCAACAGAAUAAGAAAACAUUGCACCGACGAGGAUGUUGUCAACUUGGCAAAGAUCCUUAUCAAAAAUUGGAAGAAGCUUUUAGAAUCGGCUCAAAACCAAAAGUCUGAGAGGUCAAAUGAGGUGAAGAAUGGCAAUCAUCCAAGCAAGCCAUCAGGGUCCCCCAACAGGACCUCUCCUGAGAGAGAGUCCAGUCCACGAAGGUUAACAAUGGAAUUUAAACCAGACUUAGACUCGAACAAGAAACUUGAUGAAAAACACAGAAGAGAGAAAUGUGAUGCAGAGCUCAGGAAUGAAAAACGAGAAGGUGAACAGAAAAAAGAGAAACAAUCUAUAAACAAUAAAAGGGAACGAGAGAGGAGAGAUGCAAUGAACAGGGAUCAUCUUCCCUCCCCAAUGACGCUUUCAUCUCUGCCUCCCAAGUGUCCUCCGGUUGGGGAAGUGAAGAGGGAGAGGAAAGAUGCUCCUGUUGAUUUUUUCCCUCCUGCUUCAAUCCAUUCCCACCCUCCUCUAAGACGCUCAUCAGUAGAUGUAAAGAAAGAGAGAAAAGACUCUCAGGGUCCUUUACAGUCUUUUCUCAGUAAACAUCCCUCCAUAGAUGGAAAGAAAGAAAGGAGAGAUGCACCUUAUCCUUUCUUUCCUCUUCAUCAUCAAAUUCAUCCUCCUCCUAUUCCUAUCCCUAAGCGUUCAUCAGAGGUGAAGAAUGAAAGGAAAGAUCCUCCUGAAACUUUACCUCCUCCUGCUCCUAUCCUUUCUUCUCCUCCUCCUCCCAAACGUCCAUCUCUAGAAGAGCCCAAAGAAAGGGCAAAAAAAGCACCUGAUCCGAAUGCCCCGCUUCCUCCUUUACCUUUUCAUCUACAUCCUCCUCAGAAACGCGAGAUGAAGAAAGAGAGAAAAGAAACGGCUGAACCCAGUGCUCCUCUUCCUCCUGUUCCUCUCCAUCUUCAGCCUCCUACACCUAUGAAACGUCCCUCAUUAGACGCAAAGAAAGACAAAGAGAAAGAAAGAAAAGAAACAUCAGACCCAAAGCGACGGACUUCUGAACACAAUGAGAAAGAUAGAAAAGACACAAGUGACAGCAAACCACUCAAAAGGCCAUCAAUGAAGAUCGAGAUUGAGAGACAAGACUCUACAGGUUCUAAAAAGCUCCAUUCUAGAAAGCUCAGCCUGGAUGGACGGAGAGACAGUAAGGACUCUACUGACUCCAAGUCAAGCCAUCACCUUUUGAAAAGACAAUCAAGUGAACCUAAAUUGGAGAGGAGAGAUUCUACUAACUCCAGGUCUGGAAGCUCACCUCAGGCCAAGAAAUCUAAUGAAAGCAAGAGUAAACCAGAGACCCCAAAGACGCCCACAACACCCACAAGCCCCCUCUCCCCGUCGUUUAGCUCCAGUGUGGGUCCUUUAUCUCCUCGUCUGCAAACUGGGGAUCCCAUCAGGGACAAAUGCAUUGAAAUGCUGACUGCUGCGCUACGUACAGAUGAUGACUACAAAGACUAUGGGGCAAACUGUGAGGGCAUGGCAGCAGAACUCGAGGAUCAUAUCUACCAGGAGAUAAAAGCCACAGAUAUGAAAUACAAGAACAGAGUUCGCAGCCGCAUAAGUAACCUCAAAGAUCCCAAAAAUCCCAAUCUGCGUAAAAAUGUCUUAGCUGGAGCCAUCGAUUUGAGCCGCAUCGCCAUCAUGACUGCUGAGGAGAUGGCUAGUGAUGAACUGAAACAGUUGAGAAACGUGUUGACCCAGGAGGCCAUCCGAGAACAUCAGAUGGCCAAGACUGGAGGAACCACCACUGACCUGCUGCAGUGUGGCAAGUGCAAGAAGAAAAACUGUACCUACAACCAGGUGCAAACCCGCAGUGCUGAUGAACCAAUGACCACCUUUGUGUUGUGCAAUGAAUGUGGUAACCGCUGGAAGUUCUGCUAAACUGAAGCCAGAACUCCAAGAACAAUGACCAUGUAGGAUUCCUCAUCCUUUUUUUUUUUUUUUUUUUUUUGGAAGAGAA